AUAUUUUAUACUAAUCAAUUUUUCUUUAUUUGAUUGCCAUCAUAUGAAGAUUAUUUAAUAUUAAGAAUAUAUCGUUUGCCAGUUGAAUUUAAUCAUUCGUUGAAGUAGUUCAGUAUUUGGAAUUUGUUAAAUUUAAUGUUUCAUAUCAUUUCCUUUAUUUAUUACAAAAAAUUACGUAGAUAUUUGCACAGUUGAAAUAAAACAUUUUAGUAAGAUAAAAGAAAAUUAUGCAUCCAAAGAAUACAGGUCGUUUUACAAAUCUACCAAAUCAUCGCACACCACCAUCAGGAUUAACCAAAUUUGUUGCAAGAAAUCCAUUUGAAAGUGACUUGACUAAUAGAUUACAUAAAUCUGUUAUUAGUCCAAGUGUUUUUAAAAAGGUUACCACCGAUCCUCAAAAUUCACCUGAAUUCUCGUGGAGCGUAGAAGAAUUAGCUCUAAUAAAACCAGCAAAAAUAGAAGAAUUUCCUGUAGAACAAAUAUAUAAUGUAGAUCCAGACGUUGAAUUAAAGGCUCAGGAAGCGAUUGAUAAAUUUUUUAUGACAAAUGAGAUAGUACCAAGCCCAUGGGAAUCUAAGAAAAAAGAACAUAAAAUUGACAUUAAAUUGAAUACUCCUAAGCGGCUUAUCGAUAAAUCAAAUAAACUUAAAGAUUUUCCUAAAAUGAUCAAAAAAGAUGGUGCGUGUCAAACAACUUUAUCUCUUCCUUCAAUAUUACCUGAAAAUGUCGAAGAAGCAUUGAAACCAUAUUUUACAUUUAAUAAAAAUAUAGAUAACGAUGAUGCAAAUUUAAGUACAAAUUCGUUAAGGAGAAAAUUAUUUUUCAACCUUACUGAGUGUACUGAUGAUGAAGAGCAAAGUUCUUUCUUAGUUUCCCCAAUCAAAAUAAACCUUUCUUCAAUGUUCUGUAAAAGUCCUCCAGAGAGUGGAAUGUUCUAUAAUGGCUCACCAUUAAAGAAAUGUUCCCGUAAAAUGCAACGUUAUGGAACACCUAUACAAUUUUCUGAAAAUUUAUCACCUAAUAUAUCAUCUAUACCUGAUAUUCAGGACACAUCAGUAGAUGAUAUUAAGAAAACUCGUUCCCGUCCAGUUAUGAAAUUAAAUUUUUGUCAAAGUAUGGAAAUGUCUACCUCGGAGAGUAUUGAAGUUUCCGAAAAUAAUGAAGUAUCAGAUAACUUAACUAUAAACGAAGAAAAUUCAAAUAAAUCCAAUAAUGAUCAUGAAAACACGAAAACAGAUAUAACUGUAGAAAUGAAUUCAGUGGUAGUAAAUUCAACAUCUUUAAUCAAAGACAAUGAAAAAAAUAAAAUUGUUAAAGAUAAAGAAGAUUAUUAUAAUAAUGUGAAGGAAAUAAAAAACUUCCCCGAUUUUAGUCAGGUUUAUAAAUUGGAAAACUGCACUUCGCAACAAACCAAUAUAUUUUGGGGAAUGUCUGAAAAACAAAGUGCUUCUAAUAUUGUUCAAGAUACCGGAUAUCAAACUUUCUCUAUGAAUAGUACAACAAAUUUAACGGAUAGUAGUUCAGCUAAGCAGAAAUUUUAUAACAAUGACAGUAGUUCAACUAAGCAGAAGUUUUAUAACAAUGAACAAUUUUUAUUAUUUGACGAUGAAAUUCCACUUUCUGAUUGGAAAGAAAAUUUUAGAAACGUUGCUUGCUCUACACCUUCAAAAUGUAAUGUAAAUGAAAAAGAGUAAUUUACUUAGUCCUUUUUAUAUACGAAGAUUUAUAAAAUUCUCACUAUUUUUUUGUAACCAUGACAAUUUUUUAGAUAGAAUGAAAGAUAAGUAAAAUUAAAUAAUACAUACUGAAUGAAUAAGUUAUUA